AUGAGCAAGAGAGUCAGGCAAAGCGAAGUUAAGAAUGAGCAGACCAAGAGGAAUAGAGUUAGCACGAACAAUGCCUUUGACUUGGCAUUAAAAGCCGAAGGGAGCGGUUUGAAAGAAUACCAAUGGACCGGUUUGUUGGACUUGCGGAUAGGCAACUACAAGGAAUCGUAUAUGUUGAUGCCGGUUGAACUCCAGUGGAUUGCGACGAGUGGGUCCGCAGAGCGAUCUAACGGGUUUAUUGAAUUUGCUGUGACGAACUUCGUGAGCAGUGCGAUUGACGAAGAUGCAACAAAAGCCUUGCUCAAGGAGUGGUUUUGUUUUAAGAUAUUUUUGUACCAGUCGUUGGCUGGAGUGCGAGAACUGAUUAAGAACGUUGUUUAUCUGGUGGAGGCUCCAGCCUUCCAGCACAAGAAGGUCAUUGACAGCAUCCUGGCCCUGGAGACGGCCGUGACAUCAUUUGAGACUCAGUACAUUUUAGCUGCGCCAGUUGGUCAGCUGCUGAUGGAGUAUUGUUCACCGAUAUUUGGCAGGGUACCAUUUGUAUGCCACUUCAUAAAUUCCAAAUUCGGACACUAUAUCUGGAAUCAUGUUGAAGGCAAAUUCAACUGGGAACUCAUUGAUGAAGAUUGUGGCAUCCGCAUGGCUAGCCUAAACUUCCAAGUGAACGAAACAAUGAGUGUGGCGUCCAUCCUGAAUCACGGGCGUUCGGGCGACGGCGGGUCGGAGGGUGGGCUUUCCGUGUUUGACCUGCCGCCUCUGCUUCAGACCAACGUUGCUGGGACCCUGUCCCAGAACAAUGCAGCGCUGCCUUCACCCCCGAACGAAGAGAGUAGUGUGGCGGAGGGUAGUCGGGUGGCAUCCGCGAUCCGACGAGUGCUGAGCUCGUAUCCAUCACGUUACAGCCGACGGCUGGCAUAUCCGAUUAAGUUCUAUCAGGCCUGCCACCCUCCUGACUUGCUGGUCUCUCGACCGGUAGCGUACUUCCGCCAGAGUACUGCAGUGACUGAAGUCAACGGCCUCGUGAUCUGCACCGGACUCUCUGGCUCCAACGCCGGUAAACAGGUGCACCUGACAACUGUCGGCAUGGCGCGAGACCCCGAAACUGCCAACCCCGACAUCCGGGUGCCCCCAGUCCUUGUUGCGCCGUUGGAGAUGGAUGUCGCCGAAAUAGCGCUCCAGAUCCCUCUCACACAAACGAACCGUCAACCUGGAGGUUUCUCAGGCUCUCAAACCGCCAGUCCAAGUGACGAUCCAGUCUCCAUAGACUUCCUGCACCACCUCUGCCACAUACUAUACUGCUUCUACCGGACAAAGGUCUUUAUAUUCCAAGUCAAAGCCAACCGCGCCCCUUGGUAA